AUGACCCCGACCAGUGUGCCAUCCGAUGCGCCACCCUCUUACGAUGCUGCGGCUACUGCACCAGCACGCGCUGGAAGCGCCAACCCUAACAAUCCAUCCUCCACCCCCAGUCGACGACCUUCGCUGAUUCCUGCCGAGGAUCGACGAUCCAUGGAGGAUCUGGGCAGACCGCUGCCCGAAGGCUGGGUACGACAAUACGAUCCGCGCAACCAGCAUCACUUUUACGUCGAUACGACUGUCAACCCGCCUCGCUCGAUCUGGGAGCACCCUCUGGAUGAUGAGCAGUAUGUGAAUGCGCAUCGCGGCAAAGGGUCCAAAGAGCCGGAGGUGCUGGGCAGCAAGAGACUCAGCGGAUAUCACACCGUGGAUGAGAGCACGGAUGAGGAAGGCACACGCGCCAAUCCGAAUGCGAAUGCGAAUGCGAAUGCGAAUGCGAAUGCGAAUGCAGGCCCAAGUGCAGGCGCUUGGGCAACGCGUCAUCACGAGACGAAGGCUAGUCAUGCAGGGAAUGAAGAUGUGCAGAGCGGCAGCAAGCCGGCUGCAACAGGCGUGAAGAAGUUUGGACAAACAAUGAAGAACAAGAUGACGGGGACGACGCAUGCGGAGCGGGUGGAGAAGCGUCGCAAGCAGAGGGAAGCAGAAGAGGAAGCGUACAGGCAGCAUCAAGCCAUUCGCGCCGCGCUUCAUCGAGCUGCGCAGACGGGUCAGCCGCAGUUGCUGGGUCGGGAUCAGAGGGGCAGAGACAUCUUUGCUCAGCCUCCACCCAGCAUGGACCCGUAUGCUGGACCAUGCUUGGGCUACACGCCUUAUCAGACCGAAACUGCAUAUCCAUACGGACCUGGAAGCUACGCUGCUCCGUACGGCCCCUAUCGACGCAGGCCUGGAUACGCAUAUGGAGGAGGCAUGGGUCUGCCCAUCGCUGGUGGUCUCAUGGGCGGUCUGCUUCUCGGUGGCCUCCUCUUUUGA